UCGGAUCUAUCAGAAUCCAAAUCCGACAUGCAAUACAGCGACUCUACGAUGCUUUCGGACUCGGCCACCGCCGCCGCCGACGAGGCCCUUCGUCGGCUCUCCGACAACAUCGCCACCCUCCUCCACUGGACGGACCACGCCGACGCCUUCAUCAUCGUCAAAGGCAAGCCCGACCUCGCGAUCCCCGUCCACCGCUGCGUGCUCUCCGCGCGUAGCCCCUUUUUUCAGCGUCUCUUCUCCACGAUCCCUAAAGGGAAAGAGCCGAGGAUUGAAAUGGGUGUUGUCGCGAGUGGAUUCAACGUCGGAGUUGAUGCUCUGCAUUCGGUGCUCGCCUUUGUUUACAGUGGCCGUGCUGGGAUUCCUCCGAGGGACGCCUGUGUGUGCGUCGAUGGGGAUUGCCUGCACCUUUGUUGUCGCCCGGCGUUGGAUUUUGCUCUUGGAGUUCUCUUCACGUCGUUCAAGUUUGAGAUUUCUGAGCUCGUGAGCAUUUAUCAGGAACACCUCCUUGAAAUUCUUAAAAAUGUAGUAAUAGAGGAUGUUCUGCUGAUUCUCUCUGUGGUUAAUAUGUGCAAUGAUUCCAAUGAUUCCUGCAAGAUAUUGUUUACCGAGUGCGUUAGGAUUGUGGCUGAUUCUGACCUUGACAUGCUGACACUUGACAAAGCAUUGCCUGAAGAUGUUGUAAAACAAGUGAUAAAGCUGAGGCCGACGAGUCCUGUAUCUCUCGGACCUCAAAGGCCUGGUUUUCCCAAUGCCAAUAUGAAGAAAAUAUAUAGUGCUCUCGAUUCAAACGACUUUGAAUUAAUUGAAAUGCUGCUAGCAGAGGGGCACACAUCUCUGGAUGAUGCUUGUGCAUUACAUUACGCUGUAUCUUACUGUCACGAAAAGAUUGUGACGACAAUUUUAGAUCGUGGAAUGGCAGAUGUUAAUCGAAGAAAUGCCAGGGGUUACACUGUGCUUCACUGUGCUGCUAUCCGUAAAGAACCGGUAAUUAUCAUUUCUGUUCUAGCUAAGGGAGCUCGACCAUCUGAAGUUACGCCAGAUGGGAGAACCGCACUCCAGAUUUUAAAGAGACUUACAAAAUAUGUAGACUACAAGAGGCCAAGUGAUGAAGUGAAGGCCUUUACUGAUGACCACUUAUGCAUUGACAUGUUAGAGGAAGCUGAAAGAAAAGAUCCACUACUCAGAGAACCUUUUGUUUCUCAUCCAGUGGCCGGAGAAGAUCUCCGUGAUUCCUUGUUGUAUCUUGAGAAUAGAGUUAUCUUUGCAAAAUUCUAUUUCCCGUUUGAAGCAAAACUCGCAAUGAAAAUUGCUGGAGUGGAUGGUACUUUGGAAUUUGUUGUAUCAACUAGUCUGAGUGAAACACGAGAAAAUCUACCCCGGAAGGAAGCACUAUCAAGAACAGUGGCACUUGGCAGAUAUUUCUUUCCACGAUGCUCAGCGGUUCUUGACAACUUGCUGGACAAUGAAGGUGAGUUAAAUGAGCCUGAACAGAGAAGAUACCUUGAAAUCCUUGCUGAUAUUUCAAUGGCGAUAUAGAAGCACACAUCGACCUUAGCUUGAUCUUCAUUUAAUAAUUUUUCACUCAAGGACUGAACCAAUACUGCAGGGCGAUGAUGUAUAUAUAUAUAUGUAUAUAUGUAUAUAGUUGUGCAAUGUGUUUUGUAUCUGGUUUUCUGCAGUUAUCUUCAUGAACUUGCUUGGUUUUUGUAUAUUUUCAGGUUGUUUUUGGUACAGUACAAUAAUACAUGUGAAUGAAUCUGAAACCAAAGUUGGUGUAAAUAUAUAAUUGUACUGGGUUAAUCUUGUCAUUUA